AUGAAUCAGUUACAACGAAUAAUUGGGCGCAUCGCCAGAUAUUCAUAUAAUAGCUUACCUAAAAUCACCUUCAACUUGAGCAGCAUCUAUAAUUAUGAUAACAAUCCAAGAUUGCAAGGGCAUUUAUUGAAAUGGCAACGUUAUUAUGCUAACACCUUACUCAAAGAGGCUGACAACAACGAUACGAAUACCAAACCAAAUUCAUUAGCUCCCUUCGAAGAUAUCAAGAAAUGUAAAACAGUCAUUAGUGUUUUAAAUCUGUUUUUUAAAUAUCAGUAUCGAUAUGGUUGUAGUGAUGUAAUUGCUUCAUUGGAUCAAAUUUAUGCUAAUGCAAGCCGUACAUCCAGUUUGAGAAUUGUUACCGCGCUACCAAAUAAUCCUAAAUUUAAUUUAUUAUGUGAUUUUGCGAAACGAAAGGCUGGUCAUUUCAAUACAGAUGAAUUAUUGCAAUUGUUAAAAUGUGCUCUAAAAAUUCAAUCUCUUAUAGGCGACACACUCAGUGCUCAAUUGGGACAGUUAUCAAAUCACAUUAUACUGACGCUAGAGCGUCGUAUUGAAUCCUUAACUAUUUUGGAUUUAUUAGUUAUUCUUGAAUUAAAAAUAGGAUCAAGAUUAAAACUAAAAGUGAUCAAUGAGCAACUUGUAAAUAUGCUAAUACCUAUUAUUCAUGAAGGAAAGGAUGUGCAAUUGUUGAUGCGUAGUUUUACUGUCUUUGCUCACUAUGGCAUUAAAUCAUCAGUUGUUGGUAAACUUGAAAGCUGGAUAGCCAACCACUUCAAUGAACUUUCUAUUGAACAAAUCUGCGAUGUUUGUAAUGCUUUUCAUCGAUUAAAUCGACGCUGCCCAGAACUUCGAGAAAUGCUUGGACAACGUGCCGCUCAUCUAGACUUAGACGGCUUAUCUGAAGAGCAUGUACUGUCUUUGAUGAGGUCGUUUACUUAUCGCCCAUUAGUUGUUGAAGACCUCUUUGAAAAAAUUUCAAACUAUGUAAUUAAAAAUAUCAAUAAUAUGAGUACUUAUUCUGUUAGCCAGAUUGCUCGUGCUCUUUCAAGCUUACGAUAUUAUAAUAAAGAUUUAGCUGAUGCAAUUGGACUUCACCUGACCGAUAAAGGAGCACUCUAUGAAUUCUCGAUACAAUCUAUUGGCGAUAUUUUAUAUGUAUUUGCUAGGUGGAAUCAUUUACCUGAACCUGCAUUAUUACGAAAAUUAAUAUCUAAAAUCGAAUAUUACAUAAAGUCUACCCCUAAUAUGAUUAUUCCACCCAUUGUUACAUCCAUUUGGUCUUUAAUUAUCUUGGAUACCUUUCCUCAUCGAGCAAUUAAUGCAUUGUUCAAUGAAAAAAUUGUUUCAGAGAUUCAUAGUUUUGGUACUGGUGCUAUCCAAGUGCAAAUGUUUCAGAUUGAUUUAGCCGCUAAACUGGAAAGACCUGAACUGCAAUUACAAGGUUUAUCCCAUUCGCAUAGAAACCACUUUCUGAAACCACUCAAAAAAUUUUCUACAAAAGGAUCUGUCUUUCAACAUAAUGUUCAAAGAACUUUGGAAUACCUAUUUGAUGGAUCGCACUAUUAUUGGAAGGAAUUCAAGACUGCAUAUGGUUAUAGUGUUGAUCUUGCAAUUAUGACAGAUUUGAACAACGUUUUACAGGAACCGAAAGUUAAUGUCCUUCGCAGCAAAAAUAAGCCAACCCACUACAAAAGGAUAGCUAUUGAAGUUGAUGGGCCAUAUCACUUUCUUCAUAAUUCAACAAAACUAAUUGGUGAAUCUAAAAUGAAGCAUCGGCAAUUGAGACUUUUAGGUUGGACCGUUGUUCAGGUACCAUACUUUGAUUGGGAAGAACUUAACACCGAUGAUGAACGCAAGCAAUAUAUGAAACGGAAGAUAUUUGGCGAUGGUCCUAUGAACAUUAACCGUGAGAACUAG